AUGAACUGCCUGACGGUGCCCGGCGUCCACCCCGGCUCACCCAGCCGCCCGCGCGGGCAGAUCCAGGUGAUCUUCGGACCCAUGUUCUCCGGGAAGAGCACGGAGCUCAUGCGGAGGGUGCGGCGGUUCCAGCUCGCUCAGUACCAGUGCCUGCUGGUGAAGUACGCCAAGGACACGCGCUACUGCACCUCGGGCGUCUCCACACACGACAAGAGCACGAUGGAGGCCCUGCCAGCCUGCCUCCUCAAGGACGUGUACCAGGAUGCACUGGGCUCUGCGGUCAUCGGCAUUGAUGAGGGCCAGUUCUUCCCAGACAUCGUGGAGUUCUGUGAAAUGAUGGCCAAUGCUGGGAAAACCGUCAUUGUUGCUGCUCUUGAUGGGACUUUCCAGAGAAAGGCUUUUGGGAGCAUCCUGAACCUGGUGCCGCUGGCAGAGAGCGUGGUGAAGCUGAACGCCGUGUGCAUGGAAUGCUACCGAGAAGCCUCCUACACAAAGAGGCUGGGAGCAGAGAGGGAGGUUGAAGUAAUUGGAGGAGCAGACAAGUACCACUCCGUCUGCCGGGCCUGCUACUUCCGCAAGCGGCCUCAGCAGCCUGGGUCGGAAAACAAGGAGAACGUGCCCAUGGGGGUGAAGCAGCUGGACGUGGCUGGCUCCCGGAAGAUCUUUGCUGCUUGACUGCUGGGCUCCUGCAUGGGGAAAAAUGAGAGGAAGGAAGCUAAAUGCUGUGGCGCUCAGGUGCCAGGUCUGGCUUCCCUUGCUUUUAGCAAAACUGUUAAGUGUCUUAGCUCUACCUGCCAAACCAAGCCGCUGUUCCUCUGCACCGAGCGCCAGGAAAGAGGAGGAUCAACGGGACGUGAUGCCGGGGGGGAGCUGAAGCGGGAGCCUGACUAAAAGUGAAUUCCUUUCUCAGAACACAGAAAAGAGACAGGUGUAGUUACUGAUGCUGCCAUACAAACAGGUCCUGGAAAACUGUCACAGCAAGCCAGGCUGCAGGGCUUCCAUCGCUCACCAUAGUUCCGGCCGGCUCUCCUGGUCUUCUGCCUAUGUUCAGACUGGCACUGGUGGCUGGUUCACUUGCCUGUGAACGCAACCGUUUCUUUAUCUCUUGUGUACUGUUGCUAAAUUCCAGGUUCCUUAAGACAAUGUACAGUAACUUAGUAUUUUAAACCCACUUCCUUUUUUUAACGCAGUCUGAGGAGAUACCCUGUCCCUUGUCAUAGAGCUGUGGCACAAUUUUUCAACUGACACACGUAGCAUCAGCCUGGCCCUCAGCAGUUCCUUUGAACGAUUGUGCAUGGCUUGUCCGUUUGCUGUUACGCUCACUUGCUGUAACUGUCUUGUAAGUUUUUGUUGAAACAGAGGAGGGGGGAAAGGAAGGCUUGACUUGGCGGUCUGACAACAGCCUCUUCCUAGCUUUUCAACUUUAAAAGGGCUAGCAGUAAUGUGGUAGUAGUCUGUGUAUUAAGGCAGAGUCCUUUUGGAAGAACUAGACUUCAUUUCAGGAAGAGCCUCCUCUCCAAAAUCAGGGUGGUUUUGCUCAGGUCCAAGCUUGGUGCUGCCACUUCAGUGCUUAGUGAGCUGUGAAGGGUUUGGAGGUGCAGGACUUAAUCUGUAAAGGUUUGGGCUACAGUUACUGUGAAGAUCCAGCUACUUGGAAAAGGGUCUCUGCUUUGAGUGGAAGGUUCUCAACUCUAGUCAUGUAUCUUGCUCCCUCCCAAGCCUUCCAAAAAUUCUUGAGACUAAUUCUUCAUCUGCUGUAAGUUGACCAAGGCUCCUCUUCCCCCCUUGGCUUGACCUGGCUUCUGGAAAGGGGUGUGGGUUUUUUUGUUUUUUGUGGUGUGGGGGUUUUUUUUUUUUUUUGGUCUUCUUGCAAAAGUGCUUUUCCCUGUAAGACAGCAUCUGCAAGCUCCAAGCAGUAGCUCUUGGUUCUGGCCAGGUCAAAUCUCCACAUGCAAAUGCAGUGCGCUCUGUUUGCCUAUGCGCUCCAGUUAGGAUGAGGCACCUCCCUAGAAGGUUACAAGAGCCGUCUGAAACCCCCUGCUCCCUCCGCAUUACUUGAAGUGAUGACAGUUGUAGUACUCACAAGCACUUUGUUGCCAGGCCUGGGCUUUCCCCUUAGGGAAAGAGGA